UGUGUGCGUGCCCCUAAAAGCUGGUGAUUUCCCAGCUUAACUCCAUUAGCAGCGCAACUGUAGCAACGAAAAGGUGACAUCUUAGAGAUGGCGAAUAGCAUUGGAAACAGUGAAGUUAACCGCACCGCACGUGAAGUGCAGCAAAACUUUGCCGAGUCGCUCGGCUACGCGGAAGAGAUAAUCUGGGAUCUGUUGUCCCAUGAACAACCAGACGUGCUGAGGGGCAAACUCUGUCAACUGAUUCGUGAUUCUCCGCCACCGGAAACUGCAACGGAAACUGAGAAAGACAAAAAAAUCCGGCUGAAGCACAACGCGGAUAAUGAGCGCGCCCGUCAGAUCAUUUUCGAUGCCGUUUGGGAGCAACGUGAGUUGGACUUACAGAUUAUAUAUAGUAUAGUACACUUUUUCGCUGGCUUAACUGUAUACAAUUGUUUUCCAGGAAAGUAUACCAACCGUCAAUCGCUGACGGCGAUCAUUUACGUAAUGGUGGUAACUAACGAAACGGACGUAAAUCGCGCCGAGGACUGCAGAGUCUUCAGCGUGCACCCAGUCUUUCGGGCCCGUCGAUGCAUCACUGGCAGCAGUGGCACCAGCAGCGACAGUUCGAAUUGCUGCAAUCUGUUUAUCGACGAGCUUGGUCGGGUCUACCAAAACUGGGAAAUGUAUGUGACCACCAACGAGUUGCCUGCCGGAGUGAUGGUGGCCCCGGAGAGGGGUAUUUAUCGCCUGGUCCGGGAUCAAGUACGUCUGGAUAAGUACACAACGCCGGCGGGCACGACCAACAGGAAGGUGCUGGGCUACCUGGAUACCGGGUCGGCAAUCGGAGGAUUUUUUGCUGCCUGUGUGCCCAUUGCUGCCCUGCUAACGCUGCCCGUAUCCGCUCCGCUGAUGGGCGCAGCGGGAGUAGUAGGUUUGGCCAGUGCUGGAUACGCCGCAACGCGGUCUGGUAACAAGCUAGUCGAUCGCAGCCAACACGAGCAGUCUAUCAAUGUGACGGACCGCGACGCACGUGGUCACUGGUUGGGCGUGGCUGGUGGCACUGUGGGAUUGGCAGCGGCUGGGGCCACCACAGUCUUGACAACGGCCACAAAUGCUGGACGCGAGGUGGGAGCGAUCACCCAACUGACUGUGAAUAGCAUGAACAUAUCAUCGAUUGUGGUCUCGGGCACUGGAGUUGCCAACGGUGUGCUGGAUCUGAUUCUGAAAGCAAACGACGGUGACGAAAUUAGUGGGAUGGAUGUUCUGCAAUUGUCCGCUUCGUUGGUGCUGCUCACGCACAGUGUCUACAACUUCAAAUUGGCUUCGACCAUAAUUAAUGAGACAAGCAACGCUAAUAUUGCCGACUAUCGUAGAAACCUUUCUAACAGGCAGAGGCGAACCUUUGACAAGGCUGCCAAGGAGACCGUUCGGAUGAAAGGCAGCACUCGCGGCAAACUGGACAUUAUACGCAACGUAAACGAAAUUUCGCCACAAGAGUUUAAUGAUCUUUUUAAGAUCAACAAAAACUUAAAUCAGGAGGGCGUGCGAUACUCAUUCGCACCCGAUGGCAAAGGAUUUUUAUUAAAUGGCGAGGUGCAGACGACGGGUGCGGAAUUGCGAGCUAGUGUACAACAUAACCAAGGAGGGAAUGUCCUAGGCAAAGUUAGUCAGCCCAUUCCCGGUAGCCAUGCGGGUUCUGGUCGCCUUCAACUGGGCGGCGUAAAUCAGGUUUCCCGCCUAAUCGGACCGCUGCCCACAUCCCAUCCUCGACAGGAACCCAGUACCUAUGCCGCCGGCGUUUUCGCCUUGGAGCUGAGCUCUGUGAUUGUGGGCGGUGUUGUUUUCGUACUGGAGAAAUACGGAAGAAUCAUCUUUGAGCACGUGAUCAAUGCUGAAAGUUUUGAGAGCCUAAUCAACACCAUGGCCAAUCAGCUUGAUCCAGAAGUCUUUGACUAUAUAAUGAAAUUGACCCGAACCUUCAUGGACAGCAUGCUGGAAGAACUCACCUCGGUGCUAAAGUUCUAUAUAUCAACGGAAUCCGUUCUUUACCGCAUUUUGGUGUACAUUGUACGGAACUUCGCGAACAUUCCAUUUUCGGUUAUUGCGGAUCACACUGGUGAGAUCAUAGCAGCCGUAAGGGCGUACUUCAUUUCCCUGAAUCCAAAUGCGUUCCCGGGUCUUCUUCAGAGGUGUCCAAAUUGUAUCGGCUACUUCAGCAUUUGCCCCUUGUAAGUGUCUAACGAAAUUGUUCGUUUUAAAUUGGAAAGGCAAUCAGCAUGUAAUAAUUGUUGCCUUAUUGUUUAACCACAAAGAACGUUAGUUAGUUGCGCAAAUAAUCAAUGGUAUAACUAAAUAUGAGCACAAAUUAACAACGAUGAAAUUGUUUUAACAUUUAAAUAAAGAUAACCGUUUUAUAAUAAU